AUGUCGCCCGCGUAUGAACAAUACCAGCGGCAGGACCGCUCAUCGUUCUCGACAGCCAACAAGCCAAUGCCUGGCACAUCGCACGUCAGCAGGCUCGCGCGGCACAUCCACGGGUGGUCAUGGCAGGCGUUCCCCAUCGGUAUGGGCACCGGCGCCGUCUACGUCACGCUUUCUGGCCUUAAGAACCACUCGCCUGUGCUCACCACCAUCGAGACCAUCUUCUACUUCCUGAACAUGAUUUUGUUCGUCCUGAACACGACGACACUGCUUAUCCAAGCCAUCGUGUAUCCUAAACAGGCGUGGCGUCUUCUCCAAGACCCAGUGAAGGGUGUCUUUGUUCCGCUGAUUGUCCUCUCUUUUGCAACAAUUAUCAUCGGCACCAUCAAUUACGCUGUGCCAACGGGCCAUGUCGACCCUGGAUUCAUAUACAGCCUCUUUUGGGUCUACGUCUUCCUUGCAGUCAUGGUUUGCUUCCCGAUGCUCAUGAUUUGGUUUAACAAGCCACAUGACCUUACCACCUUCACCCCGGCUUGGGCUUUCCUGGUCUUUCCUAUGAUGCUUGUCGGGGUUGUCGCAUUCAACGUCCUGCGUGUCAUGGAUCCCGCGAAUCCAAACGCGAUAGGCGUACUCUUUGUCGGGUUCUUCUUUCAAGGUCUUGGGUUUUUCGUCACGCUUUUCUACAUCUGCAUCUACAUGAUCCGUGUCAUGACGACUGGUUUCAUGGACGGCCACCAAGCCAAUGGCGCUUUUGUGGCGUGUGGCCCACCAGGCUUCACCGCUCUCGCUCUGAUCAAUCUUGGCUCUCGCGCGCGCGAAAUUCUUCCUAAGCACGGACUCGUAUCUCCUCAGGCGGGUGAGAUCUGGUUCGCGACCAGUGUCCUAUCGGGCCUCUUGCUGUUUGGUCUUGCCAUCUUCCUGUUCGUGUUCGGCGUACUGCCUUACUGGUUCAAGCUGCACAAGCACCUGCACGAGAUCCUUGGCUGCUGGGCGCUGACCUUCCCGAACGGCGCUUUUGCAGUCGGCUGGAUCUCCACCCUGCGCGUGCUCGGUGACACGCUGAACAUCGAGGGCUUCUACGCCGUCCACCUCGUGAUGGCCGUCAUCAUGUGCACGGUGUGGCUCGUCCUCUUCGUCCUGACGAUAAUGGCGUUCUGGAAGGGCAAAAUCUUCCUCGCGAAGAGCGAGGAGGUCAUCCAGGACGAGAUCGAGAAAAAGGUGAUGACCAAGGAGAUGGUCUGA